AUGGCCCUCCUUCAGCAUCCCGCAUCUUCCGGACGUUUCGUUACACCAGGAGCUCGGGGCAGAAACACGAAAGUUCCCGGCGGCGGCGGCAGCAGCAGCAGCAGCAGCAGCGGCAGUAUUCCAGCAAGGACGACAUGCUGCCCAGCACGUCAAGACCCGUUCACAGCCCGCGCCCCCAAGUGUCCAGAGCUUCCGCAAUGCCCCAAGCCAACCCGGUCGGCCUCGGACAGCUGGUUUGCCGUUGUCGAUUUCCACGCAUUCAGCUGCAUAGGUGCUGGCAGGUGCCGGCAGGCGCUGGCAGGUGCUGACAGGUGCCUGGGCGCUGGUGGGGCGUGGAGGGCGCACAUGCCCUUGAAAUCCCGCCCAGCUUGGCAGUCAGCUUGGCCGCUUGUCACAUCAGCUUGGCAACUUGUUAUUGCCUAG